UCCGCUGCGAGGCGCACACACGUGUUGUUUUCAUGGACAGGGUUCCGGUGCAGUAAGUCCUGACAACGUGUGAUAUUUCUGUGUCCAGUAUCAAACCCCAGCAACAAAUAUGGGGAAGAAACUGAAAGUCGGAAAGACCCGAAAAGAUAAAUUCUACCACCUGGCUAAAGAAACAGGAUAUCGCUCUCGUUCCUCCUUCAAACUCAUCCAGCUCAACCGUAAAUUCCAGUUUCUGCAGAAAGCCAGGGCUGUGGUCGACCUGUGUGCCGCCCCGGGUGGAUGGUUGCAGGUGGCGACAAAGUUUAUGCCCGUGUCAAGUCUCAUUAUUGGUGUUGACCUGGUACCCAUCAAGCCCAUUCCCAAUGUGGUGACACUGCAAGAAGACAUCACCACUGAUAAAUGCAGACAGGCUUUACGAAAGGAGCUGCAGACUUGGAAGGUCGAUGUGGUGUUAAACGAUGGAGCCCCGAACGUGGGAGCCAACUGGCAACACGAUGCCUUUUCACAAGCUCACCUGACACUCAUGGCUCUGAAAUUAGCCUGUGAUUUUCUGAACAAAGGAGGCACUUUCGUCACAAAGGUCUUCCGCUCAAAAGACUACCAGCCAUUGCUUUGGAUUUUCCAACAUUUCUUCAAGAAGGUGCAAGCCACGAAGCCGCAGGCAUCUAGGAACGAGUCCGCCGAGAUCUUUGUCAUCUGUCAGGGUUUUCUUGCCCCAGAUAAAAUCGACAGUAAGUUCUUUGACCCCAAGCAUGCAUUCAAAGAGGUGGACGAGCAGGCCAAAACUGUGAAGGAGCUGAUUCCUGUCAAGAACCCAAAGGCGGAGGGAUACACAGAUGGUGAUCUGACACUCUACCACAGUUUCACAGUGACGGCCUUUCUCAAAGCCGACAACCCUGUGGACUUCCUGAGCAAAGCCAGUGAGAUCACUUUUGACAACCCAGACCUGGAGUCUCAUUCAGCCACCAGCACAGAGAUAAAGGAGUGUAUUCGUGACAUCAAAGUCUUGGGCCGUAAAGAGCUUCGCCUGCUGCUGAGCUGGAGGUCCAAGCUGCGGAGAUUCCUGACCAAGAAACUUAGGCAGGCGGCCAAAAAGCUUGGCCAGGCCAUCAGUUCUGAUGAAGAUGAGAGUGAUCCAGAGGAGGAGCCCGACAAGAAGAAGGAGGAGGACAAGGGCGACGCUGAGGACGAUAACGAGGAGGAAGAAUUGGAGAAGAAACUGGCAGAACUGAAAGCUGAGGAGGUGGCUGACCUCAAACGGAAGAAGAGGAAGCUGCUGAAAGAGCGGAGGAAGCAGAGGGAGAGAGUGGAGCUGAAGAUGGACCUGCCAGGCGUCUCCAUCGCCGACACCAACGACACAUGCCUGUUCUCCCUCGCCACCAUCAAGAAGAAAAAGGUACUGUCUGAUAUAUCCAAGGGGGACAUGCAGGCAGCAGAAUCUCUAGCAGAUGGAGAAGAUGACAUUCACCUUUCUGAGGAUGAUGAGGACGACGACGAGGCAGACAAAAUGUCCCUGGCCUCUGAUUUAGACGACGACGACUUGGAUGAGGUGGAGCAGAGACAGGAAGAGCUGGAGAAGAAAGCACAAAAGAAGAAAGUAAAGUUUGCCAAGGAGGAGGAGGAGGAGGAAGGGCAAGAGAGCGGUUUGCUGGUGGAGCUGGAGGGAAAGGAUGAGAAGAAAGAACGAGAGACCAACCUGUGGUUCAGCAAGGACAUCUUCUCUGAGAUUGACCUGGAAGGAGACGCAGAGAACGAGCUCCAACAGACUGAGGUGCUCCAGAACAAACAGACAGGUAAAGGCAAAAAGAGGAAAGCUGAAGAGGAGGAAAAGGAGGAAGCUGCUCAGCCAGAGGAGGAAAAGGCAGGACCUUCCAAGGCAGCUGCAGAGGAGAGCGACAGCGACUCGGACGACAGCAGCGAUGAUGAGAAGGAGAUUACCAGGAUGAAGCAGGGCGGGGCGGCUGGUGGGAAGUCAGGAGGGGCCGAUGAUGAAGACUUCCAGGUUGUUCCUGUCGAAAGCACCAGUAAGAAAUCCAGGAUCCUGGAUGCUGAAGGCCUGGCCCUCGGCUGUCAGAUUGCGACAUCUAAGAAGAGAGCCAGGGACCUGAUGGACGGCUCCUUUCAUAGGUUCGCCAACUCCGAGGAGGUGUGGGAGGUACCUGAGUGGUUCCUAGACGAUGAGCGUAAACACCGGAAGAAACCAGUGCCCGUCACUAGAGAGAUGGUGGAGGAGUUUAAACAAAAAUGGAAGGAGAUUGAUGCCCGACCCAUCAAACGAGUUGCUGAAGCCAAGGCCAGGAAGAAGAGGAGGAUGCUGAAAAAGAUGGAGCAGGCCAAGAAGAAGGCGGAGGCAGUUGUCAACACGGUGGACAGUUCUGAGAGGGAGAAGAUGGCUCAGCUGAAGAGUAUCUACAAGAAAGCGGGCCUGGGGAAGGAGAAGAGAGAAGUCACGUACGUUGUGACCAAAAAGGGAGGCGGCAAGAACGUGCGACGGCCCCCCGGCGUCAAGGGAGUCUUCAAAGUGGUGGAUGGUCGCAUGAAGAAAGACAUGCGGGGAAUGCAGAGGAAAGACCAACGUGCUAAAGGGGGCAGAGGGGGCAAAGGGGGCAAGGGCAAAGGCAAAGGAAGACCGCCAAAGGGUGGCAGAAUGAAAGGUGGUAAAGGAAAAUAAAUUUGAGCCUGUGAUCUUCUUUCAGACCUGCUUUUUUCUAUGUAUUACAUGUUGCCUGGGCUCAUGUUGCAGGCGGGUCAGUUCAGGCUCCUGUUUCAUGUUCAGAGGCCAGAAUGACCUUUGGUCACUGACAGAAAUGCCUUCCUUUCAGCAACCUUUACUGAGGUUCCUUAUAACCCUGGACACUUCUGAUCUGAGGGUGUGGCAUUGCGGGUGAUUUUUGGUUUACUUCUUUCUAAAGAUAUAAAUCUUUUGCCUUCAGCUCCUCGAAUCACCAAGUGAGAGCUCAACAGUAAAUCACGUUUAGGACAACAGUAAAUGUGUUCAUUGAAUUAUGUAAAUAUUAAAGAAGCGAUCCUUGCAAUAAAUGUUUUGUUGAAAUGUU